CCGAACUAGUGUAUUUUUUCUGGGCAUGAUUAUUCUGUUCUGGACUACUCCUCACGGCGCUGACCAAAACUCAUUUCCUGCGCAAGUCCUGAAUAAGGUUAGGGACGCACACUCGAUGUAGAUUGGUGCGCGUGAGUCAGUUAAUCUGACUAGCUACCUUUGUGUUUGUUGUGAACAUGGUACAUUUUCUCACAGUCGUGAAGGUUUUGUUCAGUAAGUCGCAAUUUAACAUUAGCAGCGGAACCAUCACCUCUUACACUUUUUUGUGUGUAGAUCUGAAUGAUAAAAACUUGAUAAAACGAAUUUAUUUUGGAGGCACAUAUACGGGUAUAUUUCUUACCCCAAAAAACAUUGAAAGUCUAAAUCUCAAACUUCUCAAAGCGACAUGAAAGGAAAGAGCAGAAUUAUGGAUGACAUUCAUGUGUCUCCUUCACUUAAAGAAUCUCUAACUAAAAGUCACAAACUGAAGAGAGUGAGAGUGCGACAGGACACACUUAGAGGAAAGACUAGAAAUAGGAAAAUGUCUUCUCCUCAAAUAAUUUCUGAUACCCCAGUACUACAAGCAGAAGGUCAUCUUUCUUUCCCCACAGAAUUGUCUGGAUAUUGUACCCCUCCCCAUAGCAGUUCACCACAUGCCUCCUUCAGUUUUAGUGGUAUAUUUCCUGGUGUUAAAAAUGGAAAUGAUGUUUUUUCUGUAAUGGAAAGAAAACGGCACUCAACUCCUUACAUAUUUUCUGAGUCCCUGUCAGACAGCAAUGAGCCAUUAGAUAUGACCAAAAAAUGCUGUAAGACUUCUGAACAAUCUGAAACCGUGUCGUAUGGACAGUUACAACAACAGAGACCAUCAGUAAUAACAUGUGCUCCAGCUCUGAUGCAUUCACAUUGUCAAAGAACUGACCACAUGAAAAAUGUGGGACAGCCAUCCCUGCUGAGUGUUACAAGUCUGACUAGGAGCAGAUCUUCAUCUUUGGAUGAUAAUAUUCAACCUGGUUAUCGACGGGAGGUGGUUUCAGGUAUGUGUGAUCCUGUUAUUGAUGAACACUUCAGAAGAUCUUUGGGGAAGGAUUACCCAGAAUUCCUCUCAUCUGCAACUUCUACAGCUCCAAGUGUAUCAGUAACAGUUGAUGACCAUUUUGCUAAAGCUCUAGGAGAUAUCUGGUUAAGGCUGCAACACACCAAACCUGGAAGAAGGGACAUCAUCACUACUACUACUACUACACCAGUUGCCUCAGGGCCAAGGAUGACUUCAGGUUCUCCCUCAUCAUCUCCCUUACUGCAGCAUCCUCAAAGAAUAGUGUCUACUUAAGAUUUUGUUGUAAAAUCUGACCACUCUGUAUUAUAGUAUUCUGAACAAUGAAAAUGUACAGUACAAGGUCGUCAGAAAAUGGCAUAUUACUUCCUUGGAUUUUUUUUUGUCUGAACACCUUUUGUUGUAAGCAAAACAUAACUGUACAUUUUUUUGUAUAUUUGGGAGGGAGAAUAGUUUGGUUAACAGACAUCAAAGUAUAAGGCAUGCUGUAUUAUCAGUAAUGUGUGUCUCUCUCUAGAAUUUCUAAAACUUUAACUUUUACAGAAUUCCAUUUCAGUUACCUCAUAAGAUGAGAUGUUUAUGUAUCAUUAAGCUUAAUCAAUGGGUAAAUUGCAUAAAUUGAUUUUUUACUGAGGUUGGAAUCAUCGUAAGAUGGUUUUGUCAUAAUGUUUAUGUUUGUAAGUUCAACUCCUAAAGAAAGCUUGUAUGGAAGAUACUUAAUUUGCUUGACAUUUUCAUCUUAAAUUAAUAUUGUAUUUUCCUUUCUCUAAAUUUUAAUAUUAAAAGAGAAAUAAAUUGUUGGCAACCUUUA